AUGGCCUCCGCACCAGAAGGGUACUAUGACAUUGUCAUUGUCGGAGCUGGUCCUGUCGGACUCAUGCUCUCCACCUCCCUCGCACGAUGGGGCUAUAAAAUUAAGCACAUUGACAAUCGCCCGGAGCCCACACCGACCGGAAGGGCCGACGGAAUCCAGCCGAGAUCCCUCGACCUGCUCCGGAACAUGGGCCUGAAGCAGCCACUCAUGAAAUUCAAGCCCGCCAAAGUCUACGAGGUCGCCUUCUGGGAUCCUCCCAAGAAUAAGGAUGGCAUCAUCCGAACCGGUACUUGGGCUAGCUGCCCCGACUUUAUCGAUGCGCGUUAUCCAUUCACCGCCCUUAUCCACCAAGGCCGAAUUGAGACGGUUUUCAUCGAUGACUUGCGCGAGAAUGGUGUCGAAAUCCAGCGACCCUGGACGAUAAAGGGAUUCACAUCCGAUGCGAAGAGCAAUUCCGAGUACCCCGUGGAAGUGCGCUUGGAGCAUGUCGAUGGCCUCGCUCGAGAGACGGUCCGGGCUAAGUACCUCUUUGGUGGUGAGGGCGCUCGAUCUUUCAUUCGAGAGCAACUUGGGAUUGCGGUCAGGCACAAGGACCCUAUCGAGCACGUCUGGGGAGUGAUGGACGGAGUUGUCAAGACUGACUUCCCCGACAUUAAGAUGAAAUGCACAAUCCACAGCCAUCAUGGCUCGAUCAUGAUUAUCCCCCGAGAAGACAACAUGGUUCGUCUAUACAUCCAGAUCGCGUCUUCAUCGGAGCCCGACUGGAACCCGCGCAAGACAGCCACUGCCGAAGAAGUGCAGGCUUCAGCGAAAAAAAUCCUUCAACCCUAUUCCAUUGAGUGGGAGUCAGUUGUUUGGUAUUCGGUUUACCCCAUCGGACAGGGUAUUUCGGAUCGGUACACCCUUGACAACCGCGUUUUCUUGGGCGGCGAUGCCUGCCACACCCACAGCCCCAAGGCUGGACAGGGAAUGAACACGGCGUUCCUGGACGCUGUGAAUCUCGCUUGGAAAAUCCACCACGUGGAGCAAGGUUUCGCUUCCAGGGAUAUCCUCAAUACCUACGAACCGGAACGGAAAGAAGUCGCCGAGACCCUGCUCUCGUUCGAUAACAAAUACGCCAAGCUGUUUUCUCAGAGGAUUCCCCAAGCCAAGGAGGUGGAAAUGGCCUCGCGAACGGAGGAUCAAUCUGCCGACGACAAUGAAUUCGUCAAGACUUUCAAGGAGAGCUGCGAAUUUACGAGCGGCUACGGUGUUGCGUACGGGCCCAAUGUGCUGAACUGGUCGCCAUCCCACCCUGCCAAGUCAACUCUUAUCCACCCUGCGGGGACGAAGCUACGGACCGGCCGUCUUAUGAUCAACGCGGACGUUACAAGGGUUGUGGAUGCUAAUGUCAUCCAUCUUGAGCAUGCCGUCCCCUUCAACGGUUCGUUCCGCAUUCUCGUCUUCGCUGGCAACCCCUCCAAGACUCAAACCGCGCUACGGGACUUUGCCCGCGCCCUUGAGCGAAAAACCUCCUUCUUCACGGCCUACAGGAGGGCCGAUGAAGCGACCGUCACACACCAUGAAAAGCACAACCCCCACAGCCGCCUCUACACUUUCUGCACCAUCUUUGCUAGCAGGAGGAGCGACGUUGAGAUUGUAAGGGACGUACCUGGCGUGCUGGCUCGAUACCGAGACCACAUCUACGCUGACGACCGAUGGGACAGGCGAGUCCCGUCCGCCAAGGCCGCCGCCCACGCGAAGAUGGGAUUGGACGAGGAGCGUGGAGGUGUCGUGGUUAUCCGGCCAGAUGGUUAUGUAAGCCUGGUGACCAGCUUGGUUGAGGGUACUGGUACGGCGGAUGCGCUGGAUGAGUAUUUUGGAGCCUUCAGCACCAAGACGCUGGGUGACAUCACGGCGCAAUUGUAG